GCGUGGGAACGAGGAUUGAGGCCAGGUGUAGUGAUUGGAGAUGAGCUAUGGAAGAUGGAAGGAUAUAAAACUGGAGCGACGAGAGAGGACCAGGGGUCUCAUGUAUCAACCUUGCGUACGCACAAAAACUUUGCGUACGCCAGCUUUCACGCUCACGGUCGGAUGUACUAACAGUGAAAUUAACGCAAGAAUGUGCGUUCCUCCAAGCCAAUUUCAUGUCUGGCGUACGUUCAUUUCUCAUUGUUUUUGUCCGUUGGCGACUCUUACAGGCAAUAAAGUGAAGUUGCAAACAUUACACAACAAAUUGUUCUACAAGUCUCGCACCACCACCUGUGGGAAGCAUUGCAAUUAAUUUGCAAUUUAUAAAAUAAUUGACAUAUUGUCACACGAGCCUUUUUAUAAUUAUAUAAAUUAUGCAAUUAAAUAAGAACAUAUAAAAGCAUAACGGUUGAAACAACCCUUAGUCUAUGGCAAUGGCAGCGUUGGCCUUAUUAGAGGACAUUGCUAAUGGCAGAAUCAGAAGAGAACGAGUUUUUAGGGACCACAAUGAUUUUCUGGCCCAGGAUGAUGACUGGCUUAUCAGCCGUUUCAGAUUUCCAAGGGCUGUCCUCUUGGAGCUCUGUGCUGAGUUGGGUCCGAAUCUAGAGAGAGAGACAAUGAGGAGCCACGCAAUACCCGUUCCCUUGCAGGUGCUGACAACACUUGGUUUCCUGGCAACUGGUUCUUUCCAAAGGGAACUGGCAGACCGCUCAGGAAUAAGCCAGUCGUCUUUGAGCCGGGCAAUGCCAGUGGUAUGGGACGGGAUCAUCCGCAUGUCUGCCAGGUAUAUCAGGUUCCCAUAUGAUGCAUUUGACCAGCCAAACAUUAAAAUGCAAUUUGCAGCGAUAGCCGGUUUUCCUAAUGUUAUCGGAGCGAUCGACUGCACACACAUUGCUAUAAAGGCGCCAUCUGAAGAAGAAUUUGCAUAUGUGAAUCGGAAACAUUUCCAUUCAAUAAAUGUGCAGAUAAUAUGUGAUGCACAAAUGCGCCUAACAAAUAUUGUGGCAAGGUGGCCUGGGUCAACCCAUGAUUCAUACAUCCUUACAAACAGCAUGGUUGGGAUGAGGCUCCAAGCUGGCAGGGUGCGUGAUGGGUGGCUUCUUGGAGACCGCGGUUAUCCACUAAAGACGUGGCUUUUAACCCCCCUCACCAACCCACAAACUGCCCGAGAGCGCAGAUACAAUAAUGCCCAUUCUCGCACUCGUUCAGUUGUAGAGCGGGCGAUUGGGCAGCUGAAAUGUCGGUGGCGCUGCCUUGACAGGACUGGGGGGAUGUUGUUAUACCGCCCUGACAAGGUGUGCCGCAUUGUGCUGGCCUGUGGUGUGCUGCACAAUGUCGCGCAUAGGCAUGGCAUACCACUUGGUGAGGUGGCAGCACCGCCAGAUGACCCCGACCCAGGACCAAUUUAUGUGCAGCCCAACCAACAAGCCGUUCAUGCCCGCCAACAUGUGAUUGCGACAAUAUAAAUGGUAAUCAGAGACAAAAGUUCACUUUUUGACCAAUUCCUUUAAUGAGUGGCUUAUGUCUGUGAGUGCGUCAGUGAUAUUUUUCAGGUGACUGUUAAUUUCCCCGAUGGCCAUAAUGAUUUGCUGUUGUGACUCCAAAACAGCAUGUGUCAAGACGCGACCAGACGGACGGGCGUCAGCACUGGGGAGAGCACUGGAAACGCUGGGCACAGGAGGGGCGGACUCCGAGUGCCCCUCCUGGGAAGUGGAUGUUUCGGCUGUUGCGCCAUAUGGGUCUAAAUAAAAAGGCAAAUGUUAACUGUAAUUUAAGUACGUUCCAUUUUUAAGGGGCACACACAUUUGCAAUAAAUGAAAUGGAUCCGUAAAAUCUCUGGUGUAUACUUUUGGUUCGCUACACCGAAUGCAUUUGACAAUGAAAUAUAGGUACGCUAUAUGUACCAAAGUAAAAACAAACGAGAAAUUGGUUACCUUCGUCGCAAUCCUGUAAAUCGGAGUCUCCCACAGCAGAAGAUACUACUCCAGAGAGUAAAGUGUCACCCAUAAUUGAGGCAACUCUCUGCUCAAAGGGUGUAAGUUCAUCGACCCCUUUACCACUGCCUGUCCUGCCCACACUUUGUCGGUGCGCAGCAGUUCUCCGUUUAACGUCCACCUUUAUAUCAGACCAUUUCUUUUUAAGCUCAUUUACAGUGCGACUUUCAGAUCCCACUGCAUUGACGGCUUCAGCCAAACUCUCCCACUCAUAUUUUUUCCUUUUGUUAUUAAUUCCAGAGGACAACGUUCCAAAUAAAAUAUGUUUUCUAGUCUCUACCUCCGAUAGUAGCACCUCCAAUUCACUUUCAGUAAAGUUUCGUUUCUUGCCGCUUGCCUUAGCCAUUUUCUUACUGCUAUCUUUUGCCAAAGUGGACUCAUUACCAUAUUUAAAUUGAUUUAAUUAGGGGAGGAGACUGGGUGGGGCGUUGUGCUCGUGCAUGUGCGCUCAAUUUUACGUUAAUUGGGAUGUACAAAGAGAAUAUGCGUGGAAUCCUUCGUACGCAGAGAUUCAUACAUCUGUUUUUUUUUGUGCGUACGCACAUUUACAGCUUUGUCCGUACGCAAUGUUUUAGUAUGAAUUCAACGCAAGUCUUUGUACAUGAGGCCCCAGGCCUGGACAAUAUUUUAUGUUUGCUUUUUAUUUUGUACGCACCAUUCGUCCGUGAGGGGCUGGUGCGCUGUUUUGUUUACUUUUUUUUAUUAGAAUAUGCUAAAUGUACAUAGAUUUGGAUCACAAACAGGGAAAACAAAUAAACAAACAAACAAACAGCAAAACAAACAAGGAAAACAAAAUCAAUACAGUAAGGAACUAACAGAUGCGUGCGUUUGUGUGUGUGCAUGUGUGCAUGUAAAGGUAACUGGGUGGAUGUGUCACAGUACAUACUUUGGAAAAACAAAAGGAAUAUAUGUAUGCAUAUAUAUAUUUCUAUCUCUUCCUAACCCCCACCUCUUGUUUAAGUACUGAUGAAGGUGUUGUUGGGGAAUGACUCCAGACAAAGAGGAUCUUCAAUAGAGAUGUAUUCAGUUAAUACGUUUUUCCACAUUGAAAUGCAAAUGGUAUUUCUUGAUUUCCAGUUCAUGAGGAUAGUUCUCUUGGUGAUAGUUAGGAACACCAAUAGUAAUUGACCAUUUGAAUUAUUUAUAUCUAUUGUGGAUAUGUCACCUAGUAUGCAGACAGUGGGAUGUGACAUCCCAUAAAGUUGGAGAGUGAGUUGGUAACCUUUUCCCAAAAUGUUUUAAUUGAGGUGCAAUGCCAUAAGGUGUGAAGAUAAGUGUCAGAAGUGUUUUGUGUGCAAUGUGAACAUGUCUCUGAGGUGAAACCCAUUUUAAAUAAUUUCUGCCCAGUUAGAUGAGCUCUGUGAAGUACUUUAUACUGUAUGAGUUGUAAGUUAGCAUUUUUAGUCAUGGAGUAUAUGUUUUUGCAAAUUUGAGUCCAAAAAUCAGCAUUGGGAGUAAUGGAUAAGUCUGAUUCCCAUAAAGUGGUAGGUAGAGCUAAUGCGUUGUCUGCUUUUGAUAUCAUUUUGUAUAUUUUGGAGAGUAAUUUUUUGGAGGAAGAUAUAUUAAUAAACUCAGAGAUUUGAGGGGAAAGGUCUAAAUUGAUUGGUUGGUUACGUAAUUUUGAUUUAAUUGACGAUUUGAUUUGUAAAUAUUCCAAGAAGCAAUUACUCCCAAUGCUGUAUGUCUGGGUUAUAUGGGAAAAUGGUACCAGGUUGUUGUUAUUAAUAAUAUUCUGUAGUUGUGUGAUUCCCUUAUCUGCCCAUGUGCGAAAGUUUAGUGGCUUCUUGUUAGCUAAAAAAAUCUGGGUUAUUCCAAAUUGGCGUGUAUUUACAUGGUAUGAGUGGGGAAUUUGUGAUCUGAUGGAACUUCCACCAGGCUGUCAGAGUUGCUUCUAUUGUUGGCAUUUUAAAAAAAAUGAUGUUUUUUGAUUGUUUGACUGUGAAAAGGUAAUUCUGAGAUGCUAAUGUCCUUGCAGAUUGAUUGUUCAAUAUCUUGCCAUGUGUAUUCUGAAGAGUUGGGUUGAAUCCAUUUGUAUAUGUUUUGGAGUUGAUUUGCCAGAAAAUAAUUAUAAAAAUGUGGUGCCUCUAAUCCACCUUGUGAUUUUGGUUUCUGUAGGGUUGUUAAUUUAAUUCUUGGGGUCUUGUUUUUCCAGUAGAAUUUUGUAAUAAUUGGAUCUAAAGAUUUGAACCAGAUUCGAGUGGGCUGUGUUGGAAUCAUCAAAAUAAGUAGUUUAUUUUUGGGAGUAUAGACAUUUUUGCUACUGAUAUUCUGCCCAUGAUUUAUAAUGGUAAUUUCAUCCAACGUUGAAGAACGUCAUCUAUUUUUUUAAUUAAUGGGGUAUAGUUAAGUACAAACAACUCUGACAGCUUGGCGGAAACAUUGAUUCCUAAAUAUGUGAUGUAAUUGGUGCACAAAGGGAUUUGUGAUGUUUGGGAUGUCACAUCCACUCUGGCGGAAUUUAAUGGAAAUAUAGCCGAUUUAUUCCAGUUAAUUGAGUAUUCAGAAAUGUUUGAAAAGGUAUCAAUGAGUUUUAUUGUUUCUUGUAAUGAUUUUGGGGGGUUUUGUAAGUAUAAUAAUAUAUCAUCAGCGUAAAGACUUAUUUUAUGGUGUAUGUUUAAUGUUUGAAUUCCUUUGAUGUAGUUGUUUUGACGGACAGCUGCUGCAAGCGGUUCGAUGAAUAUGGUAAAUAGAGAUGGAGAGAGUGGGCAUCCUUGUCUAGUUCCCCGGUGUAGAGUGAAGCUGCGUGAUGUUAGUCCGUUAGUAAUGACAGUGGCUGAGGGUGAUGUGUAGAGAAUUUUAACCCAGUUAAUGAAUUACUCCCCAAAACCAAACCUCUCCAAUGUGGAAAACAGGAAUUUCCAGUUUACUUUAUCAAAUACUUUUUCCGCAUCAAGAGUGACUAUGACAGAUUUGUUUUUGAUUAUUGAUGAGUGGUGAAUUAGGUUUAUGAGUCUGCUGGUAUUGUUUGAUGCUUGUCUACCUUAAAUAAAACCAGUUUGGUCUGGAUGGAUUCUAGUUGGCAUGAUUUUUUCUAUUCUAUGGGAAAGAGCUUUAGCAAUUAUUUUAGUGUCUAUGUUAAUUAGUGAGAUUGGGCGAUAACUUGACGGUAAUGUUGGAUCUUUUCUGGGUUUGAGGAGGAGUGCAAUUGUGGCUAUGUUCAUGAUGUCUAGAAGUUUUGAUUUUUGUUUUGAUUCGCAUAUCAACCGGAUGAAGAGUGGUGAUAAGAUAGACCAAAAUUGUUUGUAGAACUCAGCAGGGAAGCCAUCAGGACCUGGUGAUUUAUUGUUGGGCAUGUGUUUAAGAGCAUUAGAAAGUUCUUGUUCUGAUAAAGGCAAUUUUAGAGUAUCUAUUUGCUGUUUGUUAAGUUGAGGUAAGUUGAUAUUGCUCAGAAACAGAUUUAUGUCAUCCUGAGAUGGAUUCUUUCCAAACUUUUCUUUUACUUUUGAAAUUAUUGAAAUCAUUUGAUAGUGCGCCGGUUCCCGCCUCCUCCUUCCGGAUGAAUAGGAAGUUUUUAUCAUUACACCAAUUUAAUACACUGUUUUAAAUUCUGUGUAUUGUAAAUGGUUCACAGCCUGAUUUCCUGCUCAUCUUGAAAUCAGCAUUUACUUGUUUAUUAUAAGUAUAUGCAUGUAUCUC